UGUGCUUCUGCUGCCCUCGCUGCCAGUAUUCCUCGCUGCCCCGCUGCUUCUCUUUGCAGCUCCUCUCUCUCUUUCUUCUGUCAUUCUUUUGCUUCCUCUUUUCUCUUUCUCUUCUUUUUUUUCCCCCCCCCCAACAACAAUGAUGCUUCAGCGGUCCAGACGUUUGGUUCUCCUCCUCUUCCUCCGUGGUGAGUUUUCUUCUUCUUUCUUUUCUUCCUUUUCGGUGACAUGCAGUCUUUGCUGUGAGUUUUCUGCAUUAUCUUUUCUUUAGCAUGAAACUGAUGUUUUUGCUCUUUGUUCUUGUUUCCCUUCUCGAGCCGCACAAUGCCCAUCGAGCCUCUGUCUCUCGCUUUCUCUGGGUUUCAGUCAUCCAAAUCGGCUGCCGUCCGUUCGCUUCUCCUCCUCUCCUCCGUGACCAAGGAGGAGGCUUGGGUGUUCUUGGGGGUUUCUCAACUGAUUUUGUUUCCAGAGCUUUCGAUCUCACCCAAGAUGAAUCAGAUCAGCUCCUGACGUGCCAAACCGGUGCUUUAAUUGUCAAGCUUGUUGAGGGUCAAACGUUGCACGAUCCAUGCAAAGAUGCUGAUCACAUCGAGAUGUUAUUCGACUUUGAAAGUGCCAAGCCCAGUAUCCACGUCAAUCAGGGCGGAUCACUGACCAUUGCUACUCCUGAAAAUUUUCCUUUUCUGGAGAAAAUGGGACUAAGUGCUAAUGUCGUGAAGUUGGAUCCGUUGUCCAUGUUAACCCCAUGUAUACCGCUGAUGCAUCCUUCCAGUUGAUUUACUUCGGUAAAGGCAGUGGUGUGAUUCGAAUUUCGGGUAUGACUGGUAGGAAGGCAUUGGACGCCCGGGUGCAGAGCGGCCAGUUACUCGUCGUGCCUAAAUUCUUCUCUGCUGCCAAGGUUGCAGAUGGAGAUGGAUUUGAGUAUUUCUCUGUUGUCACAUCUUUAGAGCCAUCUUUUGUUCAGUUGGCCGGGGAAAUGUCAGUUUGGAAGGCAAUGGCUCCCUCAGUUCUACAAGCUUCUUUCAAUGUUAUCCGGGGUUCGUGGAACUUUUCAAAAACAAGAUUGCCACGGGUAAAAUUAUUGUUCCUCCUAAGAAUUGAGUUGAGAAAUAGGACUUAGCAGCUGCUGGAGGUGGACUACAAAGGCUAAAAUAAGAUACAGACUGCAUCUAGACCAUUGCCUUGAGAGGCCACUUAAUUUGUCAUAAUUUGAAUUAAUUAGUUCUCAAGUUUGAGGUCUAUGUUUUA